AUGGCGGUCGGCCCGCAGAGCCCAGGCGGCUCGGCUUGGGCCCCCGCGGACCCCGACUGGCCGGCCGAGCUCCCCGCGCGGCUGCGGGCGGGCGCGAUGAGGCGCCGCUUCUGGGGCGUGUUGGACUGCCUGUGCGCCGGCGCGCUCGGGGCCCUGGCCGCCGCCGCCGCCAAGCUGGCCUUCGGCAGCGAGGUGAACAUUGGCUUAUGUGUCUUGGGCAUUAUUGCCAUGGCAAGCACCAAUUCUCUGAUGUGGACCUUCUUUAGCCGAGGCCUCAGUUUCUCUAUGUCUUCAGCCGUUGCAUCAGUCACAGUGACUUUUUCAAACAUCCUCAGCUCGGCAUUCCUGGGCUACGUGCUGUAUGGAGAGUGCCAGGAGGUCUUAUGGUGGGGAGGGGUGUUCCUCAUCCUCUGUGGGCUCACCCUGAUCCACAGGACAUUCCCACCCACCUGGAAGACAGUUCCACACAAAGAGCAAUGACCCCAGUUGUCUUAGGCAAGCCAGCUGAAAAGUGAUCCUAACACCCAGCCUCAGAUUGGCCUGUGGGACUGCUUCCAGAGCAGCCUGGGAGAAGAGCCUUCCAACCAUUGACCACAGGGAGAUGCCAGACUGGCCACAGGCACAGACCUCGCCGCCCUAAGGCCCAGAGCAUUGGCCUCUGUGAGGGGAGGCAGCGACCACCUUACGAGGCCUGAGCUGCUUCAUGUCUGUCUUGUGCUUUGAUACCCAUGCAGCAGAUGCUGAGACCUGGGGGUUGCUUAGCUCCACAUCUGGUGCUAAGAGCACACUGUAACAACAAUCCUACAACCUAAGCAGCUGAUGCGGCUUCCUGAAAAAGCUAUUUGACAUGUCAGGCUGGGUUGCGCCUAUGUAUCACAACAACGAAACUUGGGCUAAUAAAUACUUUUUAAAUCAAA